AUGCUAUUAUUAUUAUUAUCAUUACUUUUAUUCUAUGUUCAUUUAGUUAUUUUAAAUAAAGUUGAUUUAAUUUUAAUAAAGACAAUCAUAUCUAUUCGUUGUCCUGAUGAUAAAAUUUCUUUUGUUGGUUUUCUUCAUACAAUAAACAAAAUAGAUAAUCUUCGUUCAUAUUGUUCUCAUCCAUAUCUUGUUUCAUCUGAUGAUUUAAUUAAUAUAUUUACUAUAAAUGCAUUACUUCAUAAAUGUAUCAAUGAAAAAACUCUCAAUACUAAAUUUAAACUUCAUUUAACAUUAAUACAUCAAAGUGGAAGUAUUUCACCAACUUCUAUAUCAAUUCAUAAUGAAAAAUCAGAUUCGAUUAAAACAUUAGAACACGAUUCAUUUUUUAAUAAAAACUAUACAGUAACAAUCGCGGAUAAUAUUAAGUUAAUUAAUUUAGAUGAAGGGAAAUUUCGUUAUACAUUCUAUAUAUGGUUUGUUAAACGAGAUUGGAUUAUUUGUCGAUUAGAUAUAGUCUUUGAUUCUCAUCCAUGUCAGCAUAAAUAUGAUUUUCCUAAUGCUGCAUUUAUUCCUUUUUGCUAUUAUAAUGUUAAUGCAAAUAUGCCAAUGAGUAUAGAAGAAUUAAAUGAAGAAUAUAAUCGACAUAUGAAUAAAAACAAAACUAUGGAAUUGACUAGUUUACUACAAUCAACUAAUAAAAAUUUAACAAUGAAUAAGAAUAAAUCGAAAGCAUCAAUUAAAAAAAAAAAGUUAAAAAAACAAAACAAUAAUUCUAAUAUUCAAACAAAUCUGAAAACAAUAAUAAUCAUUAUUAUCAUAUGUGUAUUAAUUUUGUCUGGUCUUUCAUUAAUAAUUUUUUAUUUGAUCAAACGAAAAAAACAAGACGAAGAAAAUGAUCUAGUAAAAGAGCUUAAAAAAUCAAGUAUCGAUAGUAUUAUAUCAACAACUAAUGAUGAAACAUCAGAAAAUUCUCUUUCAUCAAAAGAGAAAACAAAUCCUGUUAAUGUACAGUCAUAUGUUCUUGAUGAUGAUAUUCAAUAA